AUGGCCACUCCCUCCACCAUCACGCCCUCCAGCCAUGUCGGUUUCGACAGCAUCACGUCGCAGAUUGAGCGCAAGCUGCUGAAGCGCGGAUUUCAGUUUAACGUUAUUUGCGUUGGCCAGACUGGCUUGGGCAAGUCGACGCUCAUCAACACCAUCUUCGCCUCGCACCUCAUCGACUCAAAGGGUCGUCUGCAGCCCGACGAGCCUAUUCGCUCCACCACCGAGAUUCAGGGGGUCUCUCACCUCAUUGAGGAGAACGGUGUCCGUUUGAGGCUCAACAUUGUUGAUACCCCUGGAUACGGAGACCUCGUCAACAACGACCGCUGUUGGGAUCCCAUCGUCAAGUACAUCAAGGACCAGCACUCCGCGUACCUGCGAAAGGAGCUUACCGCUCAGCGAGAGCGUUACAUCCCCGACACGCGCAUUCACUGCUGCCUGUUCUUCAUCCAGCCUUCUGGCCACUCUCUCAAGCCCAUCGAUAUCGUCGUCUUGAAGAAGCUGUCCGAUGUUGUCAACGUUGUGCCCGUCAUUGCCAAGGCGGAUACCCUGACUGUCGAGGAGCGAUUGGAAUUCAAGGAGCGUAUCAAGGCCGAGUUUGCCUUCCACAACCUCAAGAUGUUCCCGUACGAUAACGAGGAGUUUGACGACGAGGAGCGAGCUUUGAACCAGCAGAUCAAGAGCUUGGUUCCUUUUGCGGUUGUUGGCUCUGAGAAGAACAUCAUUGUCAACGGCAAGCAGGUCCGCGGUCGUCAGAACCGCUGGGGCGUCAUCAACGUUGAGGAUGAGAACCACUGCGAAUUCGUCUACCUGCGAAACUUUUUGCUCCGAACCCACCUCCAGGACCUUAUCGAGACCACCUCUCAGAUCCACUACGAGACAUUCCGCGCCAAGCAGCUGCUUGCGCUGAAGGAGAGCAGCGCACACGGUGGUGGUGCCGCCAGCAGACCGAUCAGCCCUGCGGCUGACCGUGAGAUGAGCCGGGGCUCCCAGCGAAUGGGCAUGAACGGAUACUAA